UAUCCGGUUUUACAAUCGUCCAGCUACUGAGAGGAAUUUAUUUAGCAAACAUGGAACCCGGGAUGGACAAAACUACUGCAGUUACAGAUGAAGAAAUUAUUGAAGCAAUUAAUGAAUGGCCAGUCACUGACAAUUAUGAAGACAUGUACACAUCUCCAACAAGCAGGGUUCAUAAUCCAGCAUCUGUGUCCAGCUUUUUCUUAAGAAAUGUAGGAAAAGUGAAAAAGGUCACAGAGAAACCUGUUUACGAUGGGGCAGAAGAAGAUAUGGCCAAUGUUGCAAUGGCUAAAUGGUGGAGAAAAACUGGCAAGAACUUGAUAGAUCCAGAUACAGUUCCAAACAGUGAUAAUCCAAAUACUAUCAUUAACUUUAUAUUAGG